AUGGGGACGCCUCGUCGUUCUCCCUCCCCAAAUCCUCUCUCGAGGGAAACGCCAGCAGUGCCCACUCCCGGGACAGCCCAGUUGGUGAGACCCCGAGCCCUCCCGGAGGAGGGGGCCCGGCGGCACAGGAGGGGAACCUGCCCCGCGGCUGCGGCUCAGCGCGCCCCGCAAGAUGAGUUUGGAGGAGCGAGUGCGCCGCGGACAACCUGGAUGAGCGGGGAGAGGCCGGGGCUGCCCCCGGGCCGGGCGAGCAGCACCCCCGGCACGGCGGCCCCUCACGGUGGCCCCUCACGGCGGCGCCGGGCCCGGCCCGGGGCUCGCUCCUGGGGAGCCUCUCUGGGCCGAGGCCGAGUAAACCCGGUUAAUGAUGUGCAGACGUGACUCCGCCGCCUCCCCCCCACUCCAUCGGAAGAGCAUAAAGGCCAAUAAAUUACCUCCGCUGCUUAUCUGAAAAUC